GGGUGUCUUGCAUGGUAGCGAUAUUGAAUAUGCAAGCCUGGCAUUCAGAAUCACCUCUAGAGUUUUGGUGGCGGCCGUGGAUGUUCCCUGUUGGCUUGUGGGUCCCGAGGUCCUCCAUCCUGAAGAGGCUGAGAAUCACCAUUUAUGGGGUCUAUCCAGGUCCCCUCCAAACCAUGUUGAAAGCUGUCGAGCCUUUUCGAAUCUCCUAUUGAGUAUCUUUGUAGCCCAACACAUUACCAGUUUUGAACAAUGGCAUCAGAGAUCGUUGUUGGCAUCGAUUUUGGCACAACCUAUUCGGGAGUAUCAUGGGCCAUCAACGGCGGCAAAAAGACCAUUCGAGUAGUCAAUGACUGGCCGAAUCCUGUCUCGACUGUCGCGACAUCAGACAAGGUGCCUUCGGCGCUAUCAUACCAGGAUGGACAACCGUACCACUGGGGCUAUAAAGUCGAUUUGAAAGAGCAGUCUUUGAGCUGGUUCAAGCUACUGCUCGAUCCAAAGAACAAAAUUGGCCAGGGUUCAGACAAGGUUAUGGGUCUUAUCAAGCAACUCGCGACACUCAACAAGAGCCCCGAAGAUGUUGCCGCCGACUACCUCCGACUGCUCUGGCAGUACACUAAGGAAGAUAUAAGAAAACAUCGAGGAGGCGAUUGGGAAGAAAUCUAUAAAGUCAGGGCCGUUCUUACCGUGCCUGCUAUAUGGUCCCCCGGCGCUCAAGAUAAGACCUUGAAGAUCGCACGCAAGGCUGGGCUGCCGGAUAACAUCUCACUCGUUAGCGAACCAGAAGCUGCCGCGUUGGCAGUUCUCAGAGAGAAAAGGGAAGAUGGUGAACCUCUUCGGGUUGGAGACUGUUUUGUAGUCUGUGACGCUGGAGGUGGCACCGUCGAUCUCAUCAGUUACAAGAUCUGUUCACUCAAGCCUUUCCAAGUCGAAGAGUGCGUAAUGGGUGAUGGUGGGCUCUGUGGAUCUGUCUAUCUCGAUCAAGCAUUCGAGAUAACCAUCAGGAACAUGGUUGGCGAGACACAAUGGGAAGAGCUCAGGCUUAAAUCCAAGCGAAUGAUGAUGCACGACUUUGAAUAUUACAUAAAACGAUCUUACGCUGGAGAUAAGCAACCAUACUCCGUCGACUUGCUAGAUGUGAAGGAUAACCCUGCCGAAGGCAUAGACAAUGACACAAUCACCCUGAAACCCACAAUGCUCAAGACCAUCUUCGAUCACGUCAUAAAUCAGAUCAUGCGAUUAGUCGAGAAGCAAAUCGACGAGGUAGAAGACAAAGGCAGCAACGUGAAGGCAAUCUUACUUGUUGGUGGCUUUGGCACGAACCGGUACAUGCAUAAGAGACUCGAUGAAGCCCAUAAGACAACUGGCAUUCAAGUUCUUCAGAUUAACGGGGGAUGGUCGGCAAUAUGUCGCGGCGCAACAAUGUGGGGCCUCGAGCAUUCACAGCAAAACCCAUCUCCAAGGAGGACUGUAAAAUCGCGCAUCGCACGAUAUAGUUACGGCAUAGUGUGCACGCUUCCAUUCGACGAGUCAAAAGGGCACUUGCUCCGAGACAGAAUACGAGGCUCAAGAGGAGAGUGGCGAGCAGCCAACCAGAUGAGCUGGAUGCUUAAAAAGGGCGAGAAGGUGGAGGAAGGUCGACACAUCCACCAACCACUGACACAAGUUGUACCAGUGAAUUUGGAGGGCACAGGGAUGUAUAAUCUCUGGAAUGCGUUAUGGUACUGCGCUGAUGACGAACCACCGGAGAGAGCGGAGCUCAGUGUUAAGGAACUGUGCAAGGUCGAGUACGGUAUCAAACGCUCGAAAUUGUGGCAGGAGCCGAUCUACAAGAGCCCGUUAACGGGGGAGAGAUGGAGGGACUCAACCUUCGAUCUUUGGAUCCGUUUGGAUCAGACGACCCUCGAGUUCUCUGUUAAGUACAAAGACGAGAAGGUUGCUUGGACGGAAGCGAAGUACAAAGAGAAUUUCUGAAGGAACUCGUUGGCGUCACAUUCCUUCGAGUUGGACGUUAGAUCUGUCGACGACGCCCCAUGGACAGUAAUCGUUAGCGCUCUGAUAACGCUAAAGUCUGGCUCCCGAAAUGACGGCGAUGCGAUGGCCCUCCAAAAUUCCAGUAGUUUCUUUUCUUUGUUGCUUGCAUACACUCAGUCUACAUUGCAGCACUAAUUGUGUAGCUGAUGGAAGAACUGACGAAGCAGGCGCUAUGUCCGCACUGCAUGGCAGAAGAACAUGAACAUCUAUGAGUCAAGAGUGAGAAGGCGCAAGUGAAGGAGUCACAUAGGAAGAAGUUACAAAGCAAAAUAGUGUGGGGGAAAGAACAGCCACAAAGAGAGCCGCUGCACACUAAAAAUCUCUUGCGUAGUAAAAUGCAGACGAAAAAGAUGGC